UACAACACCCCCUUUUCAAUUUGUUGUGUUUUGUAAACAGUUUGGAUAAAGCAUCUACCGUUAAAUAUCUGAUAGAAACAUGGCAUUCAUUGACCAUAAACCUGAAGAAGGUGUUCUUGGUGAUGGCUGGGAUGAAAAUAUGUUAAUAAAAUCGUACGGCAAUUGCGUGAAACUUGUCAGCGAGGAUAUUGCAAAGCAUUUGGCUAGAAGUACGAAUGCAAAUGAAGCAGCCAAUUUUGAAACGCAAUCAAAUACAUUAAAUGAUUUUAAAGUGGGUGAUUACGUUCGAGCUACGUAUGGGGACGAUGGAUGUGAUUAUGAAGCAAAAAUAAUUUCCAUAGAUGACUCCAAUGAAACGUGUUCAGUGAAAUAUAUUGGAUAUGAAAAUGAAGAAACGGUAAACAUAAAAGACCUGGUGCCUUCAUGGGGGAAAAAAUCACGCCGUUUACAGUUUCAAAAGGCUAAUAGCCAAGACGAGAAAGGUAGAGAAGGAAGACAAGGGAAAGAUUUCAGUGGAGAAAGUUUUAUUAAUUUUGUGCCACCACCUCCACCUUUGCCGCCAAUGCUAUUAAAAAAUAUGAACGGAUCCGAACAUUUAUCUGCUAUGUUGAUGUCGUGGUACAUGAGUGGUUAUUACACAGGAAUAUAUGAAGGGAUUAAGAUGUCUAAAGAAACCAAUGGCCAGAAAAACUGUUAAUAAUCUAUUAGAACAUAAUUUAACUAAUGUAUGGUCAUGUUUAUUAUAAUAAAAAGGACACGACAUGUAAAAUAGAAA